GCCGGUUUGCCAGCCAGUGUUACCUUUGACGGUCGAACGUGUGGUUGUUUGAUGUCAGUGACGUUGGCGUCGGCACUCGUGCAACACGUCUAUCAUGUUUCGUUGAAUUUAAAGUCAGUCGUUUAUGGACGAUAACAAUUAAUAUUAGUACCUAAUGCUUAAAUAUAGUGACAAAUACAAACAAUAUUGGAUUUGGAUGCUCCUCUUGAAUUGUGCAGUGACAAUUUAAUUUUAAGGAACCAAAACAGUGCAGUGAACUACCGAAAGGAUUGCUAAGUGGUUUAAAAAUUGGAUUUUGAAGAAGAUAUCGGGAUUUUUUUACUGCUUACAUUGGAAGUGCUCAUGAUUGAUAAAGGAAUAGAAGUGCAUUAAAUAAAAACUUUCAAGGGGGUGCGUUGAAACGACAGGACGGCGAACUCUGGUAAUACGGCAGGAUACGCGGGAACGAACAUAAGCUACGUGGGAGCACACGCUCCCGAUUCUGAAAAACAUCAUAUUCUGCACGAUAACAUAGGCUACAGAGUCAACGCGCCAAGCGGCUAUGGGUGCGCCGGCGGUCCGGGCGCGAUGAGCGGCGGGGGCGAGAACGCGCAGUUCGGCGCCACCGCCGCGAUGGUCGCCGCGGCCACGACGGCCGCGAUGCAGGACUCGCAGCCCUUCUCGCAGAUGCAAAACAAUAUGACUAUGGGAAAUCCCCAGUACAGUGCGAUGAACGGCUACGGUCAGCAACGCAACCAUAACCCCGCUAUGACGGGAAUGGGAAUGGGCGGCAAUGGCGGCAUGAAUGGCAUGACUGGCAUGGGCCAGAUGGGAAACGCUAUGAAUGGCAUGAAUCCUAUGGCUCAAAUGGCCAACAUGGGCAUGCACGCUAAUAUGAUGUCUUCACAAAUGGGUCCAGGACAAAUGGGCGGAUCAGCAAAAAUGGGUCCUGGAUACCAAAGGCGACAUACGCCGUAUCCUUCAGGAACAAUGCUUAUGGGAUCCAGGAAAACUCAAUAUAUGGGGGCACAACCUAGCUUUGGUCCCGGACCUGGCCAAUAUCCCACAGGUUACGGAGGAAGACCAAGUUUUCAGAGUCAAUAUCCACCCCAACAACCUCUCGGUCCAAGUGGUAAUUUUAAUACUGGAAUGAGAACUACUAUGAGGCAGUCCACGCCACCCUAUUCAAACCAAGGCCAAUACUUCAAUAGUGCUGUUCCGAAUCAAUUCCCACAGCAUCAAGCUGGAAAUGGGCAAUACGGAAGCCAGUAUGGCGGACAAUUUGCACAAGAAGUAGCUAUGCGAUCCAAUAUGAGUUAUCAGCAUAGUCCGGUGCCCGGAAACCCUACUCCUCCGCUUACGCCAGCAAGCAGUAUGCCACCUUACAUCAGUCCAAAUGCCGAUGUUAAACCUCACUUUAAUGAACUGAAACCACCGAUCGGCAUGCAAAAUGAUGAGCUCCGGUUAACAUUCCCCGUACGAGAUGGUAUUAUAUUACCACCUUUUAGAUUAGAACAUAAUUUAGCAGUUAGCAACCAUGUAUUCCAAUUAAAACCUACGGUUCACUCAACACUUAUAUGGAGAUCGGAUCUGGAGCUACAACUUAAAUGCUUUCAUCAUGAAGAUCGGCAAAUGAACACUAACUGGCCUGCAAGUGUGCAAGUUUCUGUAAAUGCAACGCCAUUAAUCAUUGAUCGAGGAGAAAACAAAACCUCACACAAACCAUUGUACCUGAAAGAAGUAUGCCAACCUGGCAGGAAUACGAUACAGAUUACCGUCUCCGCUUGUUGUUGUUCACAUUUGUUCGUUUUACAAUUAGUACACCGGCCGAGCGUACGAAGCGUACUACAAGGAUUACUAAGAAAACGGUUGCUUACAGCAGACCAUUGCAUUGCUAAGAUUAAAAUGAACUUUAAUCAAACUCCAGUCAACCCUAACAAUGGUUCUAACCCUACAAGUGAUAGAGACAGUGUUGAACAAACAGCCUUGAAAGUAUCUUUAAAAUGUCCAAUCACAUUUAAGAAAAUAACAUUACCCGCGCGAGGGCAUGAAUGUAAACAUAUACAAUGUUUUGAUUUAGAAUCGUACCUACAACUAAAUUGUGAGAGAGGAUCAUGGCGAUGUCCAGUUUGCAAUAAACCUGCUCAGUUAGAAGGCUUAGAAGUGGAUCAGUACAUGUGGGGUAUCCUAAAUACCUUAAACACUUCUGAUGUUGAUGAAGUAACGAUCGAUAGUGGGGCAAAUUGGAAAGCUACUAAGAUAAACACUAAUGCUGGUAUCAAGCAAGAAGAUGAUAGCAAUGAUACACCUGGGAAAAGAAGUAAAGCUGUGUCUCCUGGAUCAAUGAAUAUGCCAACAAUGAAUAAUUGGGACAUGAAUCAAGCUCUAUCACCCUAUUUACCUCCAGAUAUGAACACAAUUGCUAGCGGUUCUAUGAUUUCGUCAUACAACCAAGGAGGCCAAAACAGGAACUCCGGGUCGAGUAAUCAAAACUAUGACUUCGGUAUGAGCAAUGGUCCAGGCAGCAACGAAUAUGCGGGCAAUGGGCCACUUUCACACUUGAAUGAGAGCGUAAACUCUUUAGAUCCCCUUAAUGCAAUGGAGAAAAGUCUAAACGAGCAGAUGCCGCACACACCUCACACGCCGCACACGCCGGGCUCUGCCCACACGCCGGGUGGAGGCGGCGGCGCACACACGCCGGGCUCCAGUCACACGCCCGGCCCGCCCUCUGUCGACCAUCAUCCACUAACAGAUGUCGACAUCCCGGCAGACCUCAACUUUGAUCCCGCAGCCGUUAUCGAUGGGGAAGGCACCGAUAAUCUCAAUUUGCUUCCGGAGACGAGUGUUGACCCGAUGGAAUUGCUUUCUUACUUGGAUGCACCUGCACUCGGAGAGCUUUUGGCAACUCCGCCUUCAUCUUCAUCGUCAGCUGGUUCUCAUCCACCUCGGGCACCUUCCUCUGACGAUCUCCUGGCUCUCUUCGAAUGAACCAGAAUCAUGUAAGAGAGGGCCACAAUCUUACGAAUGAAAGCUAAUGAGGUGAAGAGAUCUCGUUUAGUCAUUCAGCUUCCACGUGUUUGCCGUGUACGGCCAAAAUCCAGCUCUUCAUACAAGUGGAGCCCGAUAUUGUGAUACUAGAUUUUAGUUCCUUCUCCAGAAGUGAAAACGUUGAGUGUCGCAAAACUUUUCCAAAUGUAUUACUCUAAAAUUAAUCAUUAUAAAGUGAAGAAAGCGACAUUUGACAUAGUCACGUGUGUCUUGUUAAAACAACGGCGCAGGAGAAAAUUUAGUAGGUAUAAUAUUAUAGUUAAUAUUGUAUUAAGACGAGCCGUGGGCGGCGCCCGCCAUGCACUGCGGUGUUGUGCAUGUAUAGUUCCUCGCACCGCCGCAAACACGGUGGCGCACCUAAGCUAUUCUAAACUGUAGUUUAAAAUGUAACACAAAUUUAAAUUAAUUAUAUA